CUGCAGGCUCCCGGGGCCAAUGCCCCCGGGGAAGGGACACGCAGCUGCCGGUCACGGUACCUCCCGCCGGGGGUGGCCGCUGGGGCCCGGGGCGGGACCGGACGGGAGCAGAGGGGACGGCGACAGGCGCUCCGGUAGCGGUGCCCACCGGGGACCGAUCCCCGGCACUCGCCGAGCACCGACCCCCAGCACCAUGGCGGGGCUGGCGCAGUGCCAGCGCCAGGCAGAGGAGGUGACGGAGCUGAUGCAGAAGAACCUGGCACGGGCCCUGGAGAGGGAGGGGCGGCUGGCAGAGCUGGACGACCGGGCACAGGAGCUGCGUGCCAUGGGCCAGAGCUUCACCCGCAGCACGCGGGCGCUGGCGCGGCAGCAGCGCAGGGCACACCGGCGCUGGCGUUUGGUGGCCUUCGGCCUCGCUGCCGUCCUCCUCCUCAUCCUCCUCCUGGUGCUGGUGCUGGCACUGGGGCUGUCCCGGCCAGCCCCUGCCCCUGGCACUGCCACCCCUGCCACAACGCCUGGAGGGCACUGAGCCAGCGGAGACCCCGUGGGAAAUGGGGACCAGGACCUGUCUGGGGGAGACCCCACAGGAAAGGGGG